AGCGAAUAAGUACAGAAUGGGAGACAAGCAGAAGCUAAUAUUGGCAGAGUCUGUCGAAACUCCUGAGAAUGUGGUUAAAAAGGAUGCAACUUUGAAAGUACCUUGGUACUUUGCCAGUGGUUUUCUGCUUUUCUGGGGACUACUCUUUUUCGCUGUUGUGAUACCAUAUUUCUAUCGGUUGCCCACGGCUCUUACAUUGGAGGACGCAAAGAAAAAUGUAUUCAUAACAGAACGCGCUUAUAAGAAUCUGUAUAAACUAUCUAACAUUGGUAACAAAUUGGAAGGCAGUACGCAAAACGAGGUUGAGGCAGUAAACUUUAUUUUAAACGAGCUGGCACAAAUCCACGAAGUUCUCCUGGAAGACUACUUUGAGAUGGAAGUUGACGUGUCAAGAGCAUCUGGUGCAUUCGUAUACAAAACCAUGCUAAACAUGUACCAAGGAGUUCAAAAUAUUGCUGUAAAACUAACGCCGAAAGGUAGCACAAGCGAAACGUACCUCCUCGUCAACAGUCACUUCGACUCCAAGCCAGCUACUUGGUCUGCCGGUGAUGAUGGUUUCAUGGUAGUCACGAUGUUGGAAGUCCUGCGUGUGAUUGCAACCACAAAGCAAACCAUCGAACAUCCGAUAGUCUUUCUCUUUAAUGGAGCUGAAGAAAGUGCUAUGCAAGCAUCUCACGGUUUUGUAACUCAACACAAAUGGGCGCCAUACUGCAAGGCCGUAAUCAACCUUGACGCUGCUGGUAGUGGGGGUCGGGAAGUUCUAUUCCAAAGUGGCCCCAACCACCCAUGGCUUGUAAAUUAUUACAAAAAUUACGUCAAACAUCCUUUCGCUACGACCAUGGCCGAAGAAAUAUUCCAAUCUGGAAUUAUUCCGUCGGAUUCAGACUUUCGACAGUUUAAUUUAUUUGGCAACAUCCCAGGAUUGGACAUGGCCCAGUGCAUUAAUGGAUUUGUCUACCAUACAAAAUAUGACUUGAUUGAUGUGAUUCCUCGUGAGUCCUUGCAAAACACCGGUGACAAUGUUCUUGGUCUGGUCCGAGGCUUGGCAAAUGCAACCGAACUGCACGAUACACAGGCUUACAAGAGUGGACACUCCGUCUUCUUCGACUUCCUGGGACUCUACUUUGUUCACUAUUCUGAAACUACAGGAGUAUCUCUGAACUAUGGCGUUGCCGGAGCUGCCCUUAUUUUGAUAUUCGUUUCAAUGUGGCGCAUGGCGGCUGUUUCCCGAAUAUCCAUAUGCCACGUGGUGCGCUGGUUUAUAUUGGUCAUAAUCAUCCAGAUUAUUUCCUUUGUACUUGGACUGGCUCUUCCUAUAGUGGUGGCAUAUGUAUUUGACAAUUUGGGACUGUCGCUCACUUACUAUAGCACUCCAUUGUUGGUGAUCGGUCUUUAUGUGUGCCCCUCACUCAUUGGCCUCAGUUUGCCUAUAACUAUUUACUAUGGUAUCCAGCGCAACGAAAAAAUUUCAACAGCUUAUCAUCUCCAACUGGCGUUGCAUGCUCAAACGCUCAUCCUGGCUCUUCUAGCCGUUGGCAUUACACUAUAUGGCUUGCGUUCUGCAUAUAUAUUCGUUAUUCCUCUGAUUUUCUACGUGAUAUCUUUGGCUUUUAAUUUGUUGACUACUCUGCACGAUCGUGGUUUUGCAUGGACCGGUCUGCUUAAGGCGAGCCAGAUAAUUCCUUUCUUAUACAGCAGCUACCUUUUUUAUAUAUUCGUGGUAGUACUUACACCAAUGGGCGGUCGUUCAGGUAGUGCGACCAAUCGGGACUUGUAUAUUGCUGUCCUGGCAGCAGCAGGAACGGUUCUAUCAUUUGGAUUCUUGAUCCCGCUUAUCAACGCUUUCCGCAAACCCAGUCUUGUGGUGUUCUCUCUGCUUGCAAUCACAGCUGUUGCUGUGUAUUUAGCCAGCAGCACACAAAUCGGUUUCCCGUACCGACCCAAGACCAACGGACAGCGGGUUUCAUAUCUGCAAGUGCGAAAUAUGUUCUACGAGUACGAUGGUACGCUCAGUAAGGACGAGUCUGGCUACCUAUUUAAUUUUCAGGAUCGACGAGAAGAAAAACCACUUUUGGGCACAAAGGUCAAUCUGACUGGUUUAGUUAGCAUACAAUCGGAUUGCGAGACCCACAUGAUGUGUGGCAUGCCGUUGUAUGAUUAUCGCUAUGCACAGAAUAGAUUACAAAGCAAAUGGUUGCCGCGUUCUGAACCCAUAGAACCACCAGCAUCUUCAAGUUUGGAAUUGCUUAGCAAAACCGUGGUUAAUGAAACCACAGUGCGCUUUGAGUUCAAUUUGACAGGGCCCUCGCACAUGAGUGUGUUUAUUCAACCCUAUGAAGAUGUGGAAAUAAGCGACUGGUCUUUCUUACGUAGUUAUCUUGAGAAUCCACCAGCGGCACCUUUAUCAUAUCAUAUCUACUUCACAUACGGCAUUGAUAGUUCCCCCUUAAACUUCUUUUUGGAAAUUUCGAAACCUGAUGGCGACUUUAAUGUACCAUUGUUCCAACUUGGAGCGUCGAGACAUUUCAUUGAAAAUGAGGGAGAUGCUCAAGCUGUGAAGUUCGCAUCUUCAUUCCCCUCCUAUUCUAUAUUGGCCGAGUGGCCUGCACUUUAUGAACGAUACAUUUUUUAAUUAUUGAAG